ACCCUUUCACUUUCGACUUCUUUGUUACGUACAAGGAAAUAUCCUUGACGGUUUGUCACACACCGUCGACAUUUUUGAAAACUAGAGAACUAAAAUAUAGAAUACACUUCAUAUAUAUAAUUUAAUUACUAUAAUAGACGAUGGCUCUUUUCGAUAUUAGUGGUUUUAAGCCUUAUUCUGAAAUUAGGCGGCAGAUUCUUCCAACAGGACAGACGCACCUUGUCGACAGAACCAACCACUACAAUUUUGGGACCAAAACUCAAGAGUUUGCUGUACCUUUGGGUGUAGACCCUUCAGGGUUUAUCAAGUCCUGCAAUCGUGAUGGAGGGGUGUGUAUUGAAAUGAACCACGGUACCACUACCUUGGCCUUCAAGUUCAAACAUGGAGUCAUCGUGGCUGUGGACUCCAGAGCGUCAGCUGGUCGUUAUUUAGCAUCUAAUGAUGUCAACAAGGUCAUAGAGAUCAACCCCUACCUCCUGGGCACCAUGUCGGGCAGUGCUGCAGACUGCCAGUACUGGGAGAGACUCCUGGCCAAAGAGUGCAGGCUGUACAGACUGAGAAACAACCACAGGAUUUCCGUGGCUGCUGCCUCCAAGCUGCUGUCUAACAUGAUGCUGGGUUACAGAGGCAUGGGUCUCUCUAUGGGAAGUAUGAUCUGUGGAUGGGACAAAGAGGGUCCUGGUCUGUAUUAUGUGGACGAUAAUGGGACUCGUCUGCCUGGUCGCAUGUUCUCUACCGGUUGUGGCAACAGUUAUGCCUACGGUGUGGUGGACAGCGGUUAUAGAGAAGACAUGACAGUGGAGGAGGCAUAUGAGCUGGGCCGUCGGGGUAUUGCUCACGCUACACACAGGGAUGCUUACUCUGGAGGGGUGGUCAACAUGUAUCACAUGCGUGAGGAUGGCUGGAUAAAGGUGUGUAAGGAGGAUGUAUCAGAGUUGAUUCAUCGCUACAGGAAGGGAAUGUUCUGAGCUCAACACCUUUAACGAAGACCUACAUCAGAAAUCAGCACAUGCCCAAAUGAUGCCUUACUUAUUGUAAUUUGUUUUUGUAAGCUGAUACCUUAUUUCAGAAAUGAAUGAUCCUACUUUGUCUGAUUUUGUAUCAGUGAGAGCCAGUGGAGACGAAUGUUGAUAAACUUACACAUGGUUCAUUGUAGUCCUUUAUGGUUUGUAUUAACCAGGCAUCGUCAUAACACAAAACUUAAAAUAAAAACUAUUGCUCAA